AUGGAUUAUCCAACUCACCAUCAAAUGCUUGUUCCACAAUCAAAUUCUAGAGUAGUUCCUAUACCACAACGUAGGCCUUCUUCAUCUCCCUCACCACAAAGAGAUCGUGAAAGUUCACUACCGAUUACACCUCAAAGGCGAAGUGCAGGAAAUUCUCCAAUGAGUUCAAUAGAAACCAUGGUCACUCAACUUCUUGUUACUACCAAAGCUUUAUUGGAAAGUUUAACUGGUUGGGCGGCGAAACGUGUUAAUCAACAACAGGUUUCUGAUAUAUAUGUAAAACUUGUAAGUGAAUUUAACACUGUUAUACAAUUAUUUUCUCAAACUGGAGUUGAUAUAAGCGAUUUAACAAAUAUUCCAACAAAUUUAAGAGCAUGCUUAGAAAAGGCACUGAGCGAGGAGGCUUCACAAAAUUCUUUAGAGAAACAUCUUCCUACAAUUAAAGAAACAAUAGUGUCAUUAUUAAAAGGAUUAAAAGCAAAACAAGCACUAUACAAACAAAUUCAUAAUCCUCCACCUAGGUGUGAUGUAGAGACAGCAAGAACCUCACCUCCCCCUCCACCAAUACCCCCUCUACCAGACAACUAUUCAAAUGCAAAUACUUCAUUGCCAUCAUCAGCAGCAAUAACAAUUAACCCCGAUAAUAUAAGACACAUGCCUAUUUUAGCUGCACCUGUCAUUGGAUCAAUAAUAAGAUCUUGCUAA